ACACGGAACAAGUGGUUAAAUCAAACAAGAGCAAGUCGUGAACAGCAUGAAUUGGAGACCGCUUCAUCGGCAAACAUGGACCUCUCGCUCUCUGGGACCACGAUGUUUUAUAUUCUGCUGUUUCUGACUGUGACUUCAAGUUCCUUAGCAAAGUUUCACUUGAUGGUGAUAAGAGCUGGCGAGGGAGAAACAGUGACUAUAGAAUGUCCACACGCUCCGAAAACAGGACACGUCAGCUGGUGCAAAGCCUAUUCUCGAGAGAGGUGCCAUAUAAUAGUCAACACUAAGAAUGAAGAGGACAGUAGUGGAAGGAUAUCUAUGAGAAGAAUCAACGGGUCUGUUUUUGUAACAAGUCAACUUCAGAAGAUUGAUACAGGAACAUACUGGUGUGGAACAAUUCAGGCACAUGAAAUCCUUGCAUCAGACAUUGUCAUGCUGGAUGUUUUCACAGCAGAUUUACGGAUACUAAACCGUACCACAGUCAAGGGCGUGAAGGGCAAUGCCACCACUAUACAUUGCCGGUACAAAGCGCAAUUUAAAGCAUAUGAGAAAUUCUUGUGUAAAGUCGUCUCUGUGAAUAGUUGCAGCAUCAUAGCGGUGCCUCACGACUACAACAGCAGCAAAUUAUCAAUCAGUGCGGACAAAGUCAACAACUUUGCUGUCACGAUCAGGCACACUGAUGAAGGAGAUGUGGGGGAAUAUUGGUGUGGGGCCAGGACACCAGUCGACUUUGAGAUCUCACAGGUUCAAACCGUGAUGUUUAAAGGAACGAUAACAAAACCAGAGGCACCAAGCAACAAAGCAAGCGGCACCCCACAGAUAUGGCACAUUAUACUUCCACUCGUGUUGGGACUAUUGAUUGUAAUACCGAUAGUUCUACUUGUAAAGAAGAGGAAACAGUCAGAAACGAUCCCUCGUGAAAAUGGUUGCAAAAACUCAGAAACUCCCACCACAGCCAAGUCUGAAGGAGAAACUGAAGAUACGAUUGCAUAUUCCACCGUGACCAUUCAGUCGUCAGCUCAGACCGAAGCAAGCCCUGCAAUUUAUUCCAAUAUUAAGGAUCUAAAAGAGCAAAAUGAAGACGUCAAGAUCCAUUCGGUAGAAUCGGUGGAAUAUUCUGCUCUGGUGUUCCGAUCUUAAUGUCAUUGCUCCAUCUUCCAUAAACAUCUCAAGUUAACGCCAUUCUCGUAAACAUUUACAUUUGCAACGUGGAAACAGGCCCUUUGACCCAUCGAGUCCACGUCAGCCACGGUCACCCGUUCACAUUUCAACAGAGUUCUUAAGAAAUUACUUACAGGCAAAAAUAAGUAUGUCCAAGAUCUAGAGUCGAGAUCACUGAAGUUUGCUUGGAUGGUAAUCUUUGUUUGGCUUUCUAGUUUUAGAUAUAGUGUGGAAACAGGCCCUUCAGCCCACCAAAUCCACACCGAGCAUGGAUCAUCUUUGGUCACUUGUUCUAAGCUACACACUCGGGAUAAUUUUUACACAGAAGCCAAACCCGCACGUCUUUGGAGUGUGGGAGGAAACCCAAGCACCCGGAGAAAAAACCCACAUGAAAACAAUUGCCUCAUGGAUAACGCACUUCCUGCUUGAAAUCUCAGGCAUAACUUUGACAAACAAGAGGAUUUACCCAAAACAGAAAGUGUUUUAAAAAAAAAUAUAUUACAAUAAACAGCGAUAUAACUCGUGGCUCUGAAAUGCUGGAGAAAAGAAGAUACAAAUAAAAUAAUGACGACUGCUGUGUGUGACAAUGGGGAGAACAUGCAAACUCCCUUCAGGCAGUACCCACAGUCAGAACCGAACCCGGUUGAUUGAAUGGCGGAGUAGACUUGAUGGGCCGAAUGGUCUAAUUCUGUUCCGAGAACUUAUGAACGAUUCUACUUGAGGGGAACAUGAGGAAGGAAACAACGUUUGUUCCCCACUGUAUCUCAGUCAGUACACGUGAGCAUAAACCAAGACAUCUACUCUACGCUUCACUCAUACACACUAUUGCAGUACUCCUGGUCUACAUGAAAGGCU